AUCCAAGUUCGGUCUUCCUGUAUCUCUACUACUGCUGCCCGGAGAUGCUUGUUGGAUGCUGCAAAGUCUGGUUCCCACGCCGUCGCCCGCAAGCAGGCCUGCAGUCGUCUGGCGCCCCCUGCUGGAGAGCUGUCGUCCGACCCCACGCGAGUAGGCUCGCUCUGCACGGACCGCUGCGCUCCGCUCUAGGCCAGGCUUGCAGCGGGUCCCCUGGCGCCUCUAGGCUCACUGUCCUCCGGACCAGAACGGCCUCUUAAUCCCACCCCCAGACACCGUUCUCCAACCCUUGGCCUCUUCCUUUUGACCGGUGAAGAAACCAGGGAGUCCAGGGCUCGGAGCUCUGCCGGGGACAUAGUAAAUGUUCCCAUGCUGGGCCUCGAAGGCUGCAACGCCAGAGCGGACGCUUUUGGCACGAGAGAGCUGGACUUCACUUGAGUCGCGCCUGUGUGCUGAAAAGCGUGGCGUUUAGGACCCAGGGGAAGCUCCUGGGCGGCUCCCGGGACAGCGAUGGAUUCCCCCCUCCCUCCCGGGUGUGCGGCUCAGAUGUCCCAGUAGUCUGUCGUGGCCCUGGCGCUCUGCAUUCACCAGCUGCAGCCGCAGGGGCUGGCGGCCCAGGCCCCUGCCCAGCCCCUUCCCUCAAGCCCAUGUCUCAGUCCUAACCUGGCUUGCCCUCCCCGUCGGGGGACACUUCUCCGUGCCCUUUGGCGCCAUGGCCAUGAAUGACCAGUAUCACCGCGCCGCCAGGGAUGGCUACUUGGAGCUCCUCAAGGAGGCCACCCGGAAGGAGCUGAAUGCCCCCGACGAGGAUGGCAUGACUCCCACCCUCUGGGCUGCCUACCAUGGCAACCUGGAGUCGCUGCGCCUCAUUGUGAGCCGCGGGGGCGACCCGGAUAAGUGUGACAUCUGGGGAAACACGCCCUUGCAUCUGGCAGCUUCCAAUGGCCACCUGCACUGCCUGUCCUUCCUCGUGUCAUUCGGGGCCAACAUCUGGUGCCUGGACAAUGACUACCACACGCCUCUGGACAUGGCUGCCAUGAAGGGCCACAUGGAGUGUGUGCGCUAUCUGGACUCCAUCGCGGCCAAGCAGAGCAGCCUCAACCCCAAGCUGGUGGGCAAGCUGAAGGACAAGGCCUUCCGCGAGGCGGAGCGGCGCAUCCGCGAGUGCGCCAAGAUGCAGCGCAAGCACCACGAGCGCAUGGAGCGGCGCUACCGGCGCGAGCUGGCCGAGCGCUCCGACACGCUCAGCUUCUCCAGCCUCACGUCCAGCACCCUGAGCCGCCGGCUGCAGCACCUGACGCUGGCCAACCAGCUGCCCUACUCUCAGGCUACGCUGCACGGCACGGCCAAGGGCAAAGCCAAGAUCCAGAAGAAGCUGGAGAGGCGCAAGCAGGGCGGCGAGGGCACCUUCAAGGUCUCCGAGGACGGACGCAAAAGCGUGCGCUCGCUCUCCGGCCUGCAGCUGGGUAGUGACGUGAUGUUCGUGCGCCAGGGCACCUACGCCAACCCCAAGGAGUGGGGCCGUGCCCCUCUCAGGGACAUGUUCCUCUCGGACGAGGACAGCAUCUCCCGUGCCACGCUGGCUGCCGAGCCUGCCCACUCGGAGGUCAGCACCGACUCAGGCCACGACUCCCUGUUUACCCGCCCCGGCCUGGGGACAAUGGUGUUUCGAAGGAACUAUCUGAGCAGCGGGCUGCACGGGCUGGGCCGAGACGACGCGGGCUUGGAUGGGGCUGGCCCGCCGCGGGGUCGGCUGCAGAGUUCCCCUAGCCUGGACGACGACAGCCUGGGCAGUGCCAACAGCUUGCAGGAGCGCAGCUGCGGGGAAGAGUUGCCCUGGGACGAACUGGACCUGGGCUUGGAUGAGGACCUGGAGCCUGAGACCAGCCCCCUGGAGACCUUCCUGGCCUCGCUACACAUGGAGGACUUUGCCUCCCUCCUGCGGCAGGAGAAGAUUGACCUGGAGGCGCUGAUGCUGUGCUCGGACCUCGACCUCCGCAGUAUCAGCGUGCCCCUGGGGCCGCGGAAGAAGAUCCUGGGGGCCGUGAGGAGGCGCAGGCAGGCGCUGGAGCGACCCCUGGCCCUGGAGGACACAGAGCUAUGAAAGGGCUCCUCUCCUCAGACCAAAUGAAUUGCAAGUUGCCACAACCCAUGGUGGGGCCGAGAGGUCCUCACAGUUGCCACCCCUGCAGCCCCUUCUCCAGGGGCAAGGGGCACAUGGGUCCUUCCCCUCAAAACCCUGUCCACACCCUGAAGCAGAGGCACCCGGCGGAGCACAGCAUCCCAGAGCAUCGCUUCUGAGGCGUGCUGGAGCCCCUGAGCCACCUUCACUGAAAAGCCCACAUUGCAAGAGGACUGGUGAAAGGUCAGCCCCGGAAGGAGAUCACGAACUGGAGACCAGAUGACGUCACAGCUGAGUUAGAAAUAGAGUGGGGGGGGGGCUGACCUUGCAGUACCUCACCUGCCCCGCCCAUCCUCUCCAGCAUUCUUGGAUUCAUGUGCGUGUGUGCGUGUGUGAGUGUGUGUCAUAGCCCUUUUAUCCUCAGGCUGGAAACAUUGCUUCCUGCUUACUGUACUAGAAGAGUUUGGAUAACCCCCCUCACAUACCCAAGGGGGUUCCCCAGCCAGACUCUUCAGCCAAAUGCCCCAUCUUUCACUCCCAGCGCAUCCCCUCACAUGAAAGGCCAGCCCCCUCUCUUUUACCCGCUGGCCAUGGCCACAGCUGGAAAGCCAGGCUGGCGUGACUAGUCCUCUUUCCAAGUCAUUCCAGGGGCCCAGACUGUCUCCUUUAGCUUCACCCAACUCCACUGUGCAGCCUGGUCUCACCAGGGUCUCCAGAGGUCCAGGAGGCUUAGAUGCAAGAUUUAUCAGUAUGAUGCCCUCAUCCCCACUCAAGGCCUAGAAGUCACAGUUGGCUGCAGAAUGGCAUCUGCUAACUGCCUCAGAGUCUCUCAGGCUUAGACAGGCAAGGGCCUGUCAGGCCCAGUGUGGAAAAGUUCUGGGAGGCUGUAAAGAACAUGAGGUCCCUAUUGUACCCAGGCUCCAAGGAGCUCUCCUCUCUUCUCUUCUCCUCUCCUCUCCUCUCCGCUCCUCUCCUCUCCUCUCCUCUCCUCUCCUCUCCUCUCCUCUCCUCUCCUCUCCUCUCCUCCUCUUCCUCCUCCUCUCUCUCCCUUCCUCUUUCUGGUCAGAGGAUUCCCUUAGGGUCUGGAGGGGUCAUGGCUGCCCUUGAUUGUGCAUGGAUCAUGAGGAAAUGAGAACUCACUGUGUGUCCAGUCCUAUGAUGGUACAGAGGUGAAAACCGGAGCAAAGGCUAGCCCAGAGGUCCCCAGAAUGUGUCCUCACAGCUCUUCCACUACACCAAGGUUAUGGGUGUGGUUAGGUCCCUUAGAAGCCACGUGCAUACAAGGUUCACAUCCACCCUUCCACAGAUAUGCCCCUCCUGUCAGCAGUGAGCCCAUUCCCAGACUCCAGCUUGGAGAGCAGGGAGAAUGCCUCUAGCUCCUUGAGUUCCCUUGACUGGGUGGAGGGAAGACCCCCCAGAGACCUCUGUCUUCUGUCUGGAGGUGCUGUUUCCAUGCAUACCCAGUUCUGAGUGUGGAGGAGGUGGCUUCUUUCCCAGCAGGACCCUGAGUCUACCCCCAGCCUUCUUGUUUUCUGGGCCCAGGCUUGGGGCCACCUCCAAGUGCCGACUCGUCUUUCUCAGGGCCCCAGGUACUGCUGUGUCUCACCUCCUCUGACUGUUUACUGUCUCAGCCCGGCCUGGUUCUCCCUGCGCUGGGGUGGGCCGGAUGCUGUGACCCCCACCAUUGUAUCCCAAACCCUUCCCUCAGGCUAAUUAUAUUUUUUGUAUAGCACGUUCUA